CAUGUCUUCGAUUAGUACGGUUGAUAAAUGAAAAAACCUUCCCUGCUAAGCUAAGCUAAGCUAACUGCAACUGUCAGCUCUUAGCUUGCUUGAUAUUAAGACAUUCUGCAAUGUCCUGAUGCUCAGAAAUCAUUAUAGGGUCGACAAAACACUGGCUGCGUCCCUGCUGCAUUUAACAUCCAUGAUGUCCUGUGUUUUAACUGAACUAGCCGGUAGUUCGGUAUAAGCUAACUUCAAAGCUUCACAUAAGUAUCUGAGGCAUGAGAGCUACAGACAGCUGCACCACCUGCGGUCUGUGUCAGUUCAAAGUAAAUAGUAUUUAGUGUGAGCACACUAAGACAGCCCUCAUUGUUUUUCCACAGUGUAGUCAUGUGAACCAUUUGCCGGAUGGUCCACUGUCUGAUGUCCCAGUUGGUUCCUGUCGCAGGUUGUAUGAUCCUACCAGUCAGCUCCACGUUGUCUGACGGAGGGAGGAGGGGGUUUAAGAAGAAUAGAGUUUCAGCUGGUACAGUUUGUGAGAGGAGCAACAGUUCCCUCCCCCUGCCCAUCCUCCCUCACUGUUCACUAUCAGCUCCUCUUGUCAGCAAAGCUCAACUUACUACAGUAUUGAAAGGCAGGCAUGACAGUGUAGGCUGCUCUGAGUUCAGAAUAAUGGCUGAAGGAUAACAUCCAAGGAGUUCCGUUCCCUUAACUUAAAGUGACCCCACUUUCCCCUUAUUUUACUUUCAUCUGCACUUUUAAAACCUCCCCUUGCUGAACUACUGGGAGUCCUGCUUCAGCGCAGUGCCCUGUUUCUAUGGGGUUUCAUGGAAUGCAUGCAUUCCACAGUAGGAUCAUGUAAAUUCAUUUAAUUGGAUAAUCCUCCUCCUGACACCCUCCUGACCGAAAGACAGGAUGACUCUGAAAUUUGAAAUAAUUAUAAUGUGACCUGCCCAUCUGAUAUUGCCACUGUGGUCUGUAGGAUUCUCACUCUGGUUCCUUCACUUGUUCCCCCCAAUUAUCUAGUGUCAUUGGGCCAUGGUUCGCAAGAAAGGUUCUCUUAUACUAUGUGGUGCUUUCCUGUUUGUCGCCUGGAAUGCUUUGCUUCUACUUUAUCUUUGGGGUCGCCCUCCAAUCGGCCGCCUCAGAGAAGGCGGUGGAGCCGAACCAGGAGGAAAGGAGGAGUGGGACGUGGGCAGAGGGAAAGAAGGUCAGAUCAACCUGGCUGGAGAGGUGAUCCGGCUGGCAGAGGAGGUCGAACUUCAGCUCGAGACCCAAAAAAAGCUACUAAAGCAGAUUGAAAGUCACAGGGCAGUGUGGGCUCGGCAGAAAGACCUUGGUAAAAGAGAAACGGACGAUACAAAAGAAGUCAGAGAAGAGGUUAUGCACAAGGCACCAAAGCUUCCAAUUCCUCUCAAAGACGGUGUGGAUGUCAGGGACCAAAGUGAAGUAAAAGAUACACAGAAUCCUGUUCAUACAGUAGCUUCAGACUCUAAGUUAGACCAGCACCAGGCCGUUGAAAUAAAGAAAGAGAUUGUUAAGAACAAUAUAUUGGCUACUUCCGUUGUCAGCCCAGAUGUCAUCAUUCCCAUUCUAGUCAUUGCUUGUGACAGAGUGACGGUAAAACGGAGCCUUGACAAACUGAUACAGUACCGCCCUUCUCGUGAGCUAUAUCCAAUAAUUGUCAGUCAGGACUGUAGCCACGCGGAGACAGCUCGUGUGAUUGGCUCAUAUGGAGAUCAAGUGACGCACAUAAGUCAACCGGACCUCUCAGACAUCAGAGUCCGGCCAGAGCACAGGAAGUUCCAGGGCUACUACAAAAUUGCCCGACAUUACCGCUGGGCACUCAACCAAGUGUUUAACACAUUCUCCCAGUCUACUGUGGUCAUAGUGGAGGAUGACCUAGAGGUGGCACCAGACUUCUUUGAGUAUUUCCGAGCCCUCUACCCGAUCUUGAGUUCUGACCCCACCCUGUGGUGUGUCUCUGCAUGGAACGAUAAUGGCAGAGAUGCCUUGGUGGAUCCAUCCAAAGCCGAGCUCCUCUACAGAACAGACUUUUUCCCCGGUCUGGGCUGGAUGCUACUGAAAGAGAUGUGGGACGAACUGGAAGUCAAGUGGCCCUCCGCCUUCUGGGACGAUUGGAUGCGUCAACCGGAGCAGCGCAAGGACCGCUCCUGCAUCCGGCCGGAAAUAUCCCGGACUAUCACCUUUGGCCGGAAAGGCGUCAGUUUAGGUCAAUUCUUUGACCAGUACCUUCGCUAUAUUAAGCUAAACACUGAUUUUGUGCCUUUUACCAAACAGGAUUUGUCUUUUUUGCUAAAAGAGAAGUAUGAUGAAAAGUUUAUCAAGGAGGUUUACAGUGCCCCACUGGUGAAGAUUGAGGACCUACAGCAAGGGGGCAGCUUAAGAGGCCCUGGACCGUACAGGGUUCAGUACUCCAGCCGGGACAGUUUUAAAGUCUUUGCUCGAAAUCUUGGGGUGAUGGACGACCUGAAAUCUGGAGUUCCCCGUACAGGUUACAGGGGCAUAGUCAGUUUCCUGUACCGGGGUCGAAGACUGUUCUUGGCUCCACCAGAGGGCUGGACGCAGUAUGACACCAGCUGGAGCUGAGAGACUGAUCUAGACUGGACAGUGUGAAUGGUGUUGAAGAGGGGAGAGAGCCUUACUUACGGGAACACCCUCUAAGACCAAAGAAUAUCAGCAGACACAGUGAUUCAUGAAGGAAUGAAAGCAGCACAGAUGGGGCUACAAGCCUGUUUGUUAGGGAAAAAUAGGGUGCUGAUUGGAUCAGCAAGUUCAACGACCACAGACUUUACAGAGAGUUCUGAAAGGAAAAUUCCACCCUCAAACACUGUUUCAAAGCAGCUAGUGGCAACGUGCCUUGCUUUCUGGUCCCAUUUUGUUUGGUGUAUUUUUUUAUUCCUGUGAAUAACUGGCCAAACGUAGACUUAACAUCACAUUAAGAUGUUUGCAGCAGAUGUAAAUGGAGUUUGGUAGCAGAAAAUAAUGUGAAUUGUCAACAGCAAGAGCAUGUUUCAGUGUUUGUGAUAAUACACUGGAAGCCAAACACAAGCACUGUGAUCUUCUCUAAAGCUUGGGAGAAAAAAACAGUGUUAUAUAUAAAAUCUUGGGCCAUGUUUUUUUUUUUUUUUUUCUUUUCAUUUAGUAAAGUUUUUGAAAGAAGCUGCUGAAAUUGAUCCAGCUUUGCAGAUCAUGUUGCUGUUUGUCUAUAAAACUAACCAGAAGCAGAGCUGUGUGCAAAGAAAAAUGAGUUCUUCUACAGUGUUUUAGGUGGUAAACAAAGUCAUUAUAUGAAGCCCUGAUGGUUGACAUUAAAGAUGAAAGGCCUCUUCAGCAAUGAUACAGAGGGAAGGAUUUGCAGAGGAAGCAGAGAUACCUCCCAAACUAUAGUAGCCCUGAUCCAGGACCAACAAACUAUGUAUCAGUCCUGCUUUGCUAUCUCCUGGAACAUUUCACUGAGCGUCUCAUAAAAUUUGUAACAGGAAGAAAGUCGAAAAUAAUUAACCAGAUUGUGAGAGACUUAUUAGGUGAGGACAGAUGAUGUUAGGCGGGUUCAAAAUAAUCAAAAACACGAUUUGACCAAGAAUGGUCUCAUCUAUUGAAGUCAGAACAAACCAUGUAGAAUUUCUUUUUGUCACUCACUGACGGGAGGGCUGAGAACAAUUUUAUGUUGUGGUAUUGCUGUAAAAUACCUUCCAUCUACAGCCAGUGAUAGCACUGAGAAUACUGCUGCUGAUUAGUACUCCAAUUGAUGAGCAAGAAAACCCAUCUUUGACUUUACAUGGUUAGUAUUGACUAACGGAAGAGACUUUUCUUGGUUGAAGUAUAUCAUGUUUUUUCUUACUUUACACACGCCUGUUGUUGCUCAAGAUUAGUUUGAAGUUGCCAGAAAAGAACACCAAGAACUUAAUAAGUGUAAUAGUGUGGGAGGAGCAAGGGUGGAGUUUUUCUUUAAUAAUCAGGGUCGCUGUUCUUAGAUCAGUUUAUAAACAUGGCCUUGAAAGCAUUGCGACACACAACACUAAAUCGAAGCAGUCAGAGGAUCUCGGUGAUAAGGCCUCUGUGUGCUUUGUAUUAAGUAGGUCGGACCACAUUUAAAGGCAAUGAUUUAAAAGGACCAGCGUGUUGGAUUUAGGGGCAUCUAGUGGUGAAGUUGCAGAUUGCAAACAACUUAAUACUGCUCAAUCUUCCAAGCAAGUAGGAGAAACUACAGUGGCUGUGAAAAAUAUGAAAAUCCCUAUCUAGAGCCAGUGUUUGUGGCGGACUGUGUAGAAGAGGACCCGCUCCUUCUGUAGAUAACAGUUUAUUCAAAAGCAAGGAAAACACAGCAACGCUAAUAUUCUGGUAAUUAUACACUAAUGAAAACAUACUUAUGAAUAUUAUAUUUCAUUUCUGACGAUAGAUCCUCCUACAUGUUACACACUCAACCUAUUCCAAAGGGAGUACACUCAACUCACGUGAAAAAGCUUCCUUGUCUUUGUAGUCUCAACAAAAUUGACCUUUCCUAAGUCCGGCCCAUCUUUGUUGUGUGCUCCAAUAACAGUUGAGCAAAGCUCGGGAAGAACUGUGGUCAUCUUUCACCCUUUCCUGUAGCACAUAGCAUAUCUAUGUUGAAAAGAACCACAUUUUGAGGAUGGCUUAAAGAUAUAAGCGACAUAUUGUCACAUCUAAAGUUAGCAAAUUUUAGCAAAACACUAGCUAAUCUACAUUAGUCGUUACCUAGCUAAUUACAUCUGAUAGCUAAUGUUUACCAUCUUAAAAACAUUUGUGGUGUUGCACUCGGUGGCACAAGUUGUUAGUAUGUAAAGAAUGAAAAAAGAGCUUGAGAAGUUCAAACCCCACUGAAUUUCACUCCAUGCACCUGCCAGAUCACUAUGUAAAGCGGUGUGAUUGACGGCUUGUCUGUUUAACUAAACUGUCAGACGCAGCUCCCUCAAUUCCUCUGUGGAAAAGGUUUUCAGACAACACCUUGUUUAAAGCAUACUGAGGCCUUUAUUGUUGAUUUCCUGCUCAUGCUGGUCUUACCAGGCCUUUAAUUAUUUUUUUUGUAAUGUAAUAUUUUUAAUGUUUGUGUAGCUGAGUUCAAACUCCAUCAAUGAGAAGGUUAAGGAGAAUUGCUUUAAGGAAGGAUAUUAUUAAUUCUGCAACUCCCUUCUGCUUUCAGAGGGCUAAAUAAUCGGGAUUUCCACCUCUUUCCAUUUCAUGUGAGUGAACUUGGUAUCUAAAUGUGUAGAAGGAAAUUGUUAAUAUGAAGGAUUGAACUAUAAUGAUAAGGCUAUUUUUGAAAGUAUGUAACUGUCUUCAACUUGAAAUUCUAACAAGAUGUCCAAGCUGCAAAUGAGAUUGAAACAUGACUGAUCCUGACAUUUUACUGACGAUCAUCCUGAAGCCCUGAUAUGGGCGAGUUGUAAUUAAAUAACUUCCAAACCACAGUUUGGUCAGCUUAGGUUUGUUGAAAAACCACAGAUUGAUUUGUUUCUGCAACAAGAAGGCUGGGAAGUGGAUAAAUGAUUAUCACUGUACUGUAAUUAGCUUUGGGAGAUUAUCCACAAGAUUGAGUGAUUCCCAUGUCUGUAUGGUGAUGUGUACAACCACUGCCUGAUGUGUUUAUAACUUUAAUACAGUAUAAAUAAAAUAAAACUAUUUUGAUAUUUGUCAA